GGUUCACACAUCGAGGUAUUUCACAGAGGUCCAGAAGUAACAAAAUAAUGAUAAUAAAAAAAGAAAUAGCUGUCCACAAGUAGCUGCUGCGUGAUUAGAACGAUUCAAACAUGCAUGUAUUUCUUUAUUCUAAAAGCCUAUUGCACUUCUAUUAAGGUAUUUCCUAACAAUACUCCUGAAACGUGUUAGUAUAUGUGCAAUGACACAUAGGCACGCACAUUCUAAGGCCAUUCAUACAUUAUUGGCUUUUGCUAAAUAAAUUAACAUACUUUCGGUCAAUCGUGGAAGCAGUUUAUUUGAAACUACCUGUCCCAGGGUGAACCCAGGUCAUAUAAAUCAUGGAUUGGCAAAUGUAGCCAGAAUAUUUGGGAAGAGGAACCAUCCAUGUUAUUCACAAUUCAGUUCUAGCCUGGGUAUGAGCACACCCCGAUCCGGCGUCGGUACGUGCUUGUUUUGAACCUUUCCCUGAAGAUGGCGGACGUACAGCCGCCGCCUCUCCGGGCUCUGGAUGAUUUUCUCUUGGGGUCAGCCCGGUUCUCGGUACCAGAUGUCAAGAAUUUGGAGCGAUGGAAUAAUCGGAUUAUCAACAACUUGCUUUACUAUCAAUCCAACUAUUUCGCGUCAGCCGCCAUAUUCCUGGUUAUAGUUGGGUACUUCCGGCCGCUGCAGCUGCUCCUGGGCGCCCUGGUGGUGGUGCUGGUGUUCCUGGGCUUCGUGUGGGUUGCGGAGAACCAGGCGGCAGUCCGCCGUUUCCGCCGCACCCACCCGGGCCUCUGCCUCUCCGCCAUCCUGGGCGGGGCCUACCUGCUGCUGUCUGUGCUCGGGGGCGUGGCCGUCUUCCUGUUUGGGAUUGCCUUCCCGAUCCUACUGAUCCUGAUCCACGCCUCGGUGCGUCUGCGCAGUCUGAAGAACAAGCUGGAGAACAAGCUGGAGAGCAUCGGGCUGAAGAGGACCCCCAUGGGGCUGCUCCUGGAGGCUCUGGGGCAGGAGCAGGAGGCUGGCUCUUAGGCCCGGGGGCCAGCCAACCAACAGAAGAGGAGACAGGGGUCAGCCAAUGGGAGGAGAUGGGGACCAGCUGCCGUUUUCCAAGAAGCAAGCCCCUCCCACAACCCUGUCAGGAAGAUCUCCGGCAUCACAGGUCACCGGCUCUGGUGGCGGUGGCACUCCAUUAAUUUUUUUUAAAUGUUUUAUUUUUAAAUGAACUGUUGCACAUCACAGUAACUGUAAGGCAUUUGGGUCAGCACAGUAAUCACACUCAUGGGGUCUCUGGUGUGGCACCUGCUCUCUUAAACGGUGGCAUCUGGUUUCUUAAAUGGUGUUGGGUCAGAGCACAGACCGUCUGCUGGAGGUUUUUGCCCAGAACUAGGAAGACAAAACUCAUUAACUGUGGAGAGUGCUUGAAGCACACUGCUAAAUUGUCCAGAAGUUCAGUAAAUUAUGAACAGAUAUAUUUUCUCCCGAUAGUCAGAGAAUCUUUUAAUGACCCUCUGUUUUCAAAUGGCUUCUUUUCAUGAUUCACAGUGAGAGUGUGAACCACAUUUUCUGACUGUUUCACACAUUUAGAUUUUCACCAAAACGUUUCACUGUAGAAGAAAGGUGUUUACUUGGUUAACUUUAUGUUUUGUAUGGAUUUGAAGGAUUCUCUACAGAGAUUGGCUUUGGAUUGUAUCUGAUCUUCUUACCAUACACUAGUCAAUGUGUUGUAUUGAAUGUCAUCAUUUUGAGCACAGAGCUUGUAAACCGUAUUGGUUCAGCUGUGGGUUGCAGCAGCCAGACAGAUUCUGAGGACUGUGAAGUUUUUCACAUGACACAGAUGCAGAAAUGAUUUCAGAGAGCAAUUUUGGUGUCUUGGAGCAAAACGAACUUACAGCUACUAAUGCCAUUUUUCCCCACUCAUACUACGGAGCUGUUUUUGCAGUUAGAUCUGAAACAGCUCUUCCAAUGCGAGUCAGAUUAUGUAGUCUUAGAAAGUGCCAAUCAUCCCAACAAUUUUUUCUGAAAAAAGUUCUAGACUUUUGGGUUGAACUUCUGUGAUAAGGCCUAUGUUGCUUACACUUUUUUUAAAAUGCAUGUUUAUUUAAAUUGCAAAGUGAGAUAAAUAUACUCAUAUCUUUGUUCAUGUUAAGUGUCUCAGUUCCCCAUUCUCCAAUAGCUCAGUAAAAUGAGAAGUUUGCACACUGAAUGAAAGUUGUGUGGUGUGUGCUCUGGUGUUGAACAGAAUGGAGGGAAGUUUGUCUCUGGUCUUUCAUACUGGACUAUUACAUCUUAUUAGACACUUAAAUCCUUAAGGUAUUAUUAUAUAAUGCUAUUGCAGUUAGACACAGCCACAUUUAUUCUUUAACCAGAUUUAUUGUCAAGAUGGGUGAAAAAUUUAAGUGUACUUUGGUAUUAUUAAUCUGUUGGAUGGGUUCCUACAUGUGGGAGGGUUUUGCCAAGAUUUGUCUGGAGGUGAGUGAGUAGUAUUCAUGUCAGAAAUGAGAUUGUAAAUUGUUUUCAGAAUGUUUUGUGUAAGCUGGUCAGAGUUUAGGAACAAGACCUGGGUCAAAUACGUAUUUGUUUUGCGUUCAAAAACUUUUCUGUGCUCUAUUGAUCUUGCCUGGUUUAAUUGAGCCUGCCGAUAUUGAGAGUAUUCCAUUGGUUCCAAUACGCCAGACAAGAUCAGUAAAGCGUAGAAAAGUAUUUGAAUCCAAAACAAAUACGAAUUUGACCCAGGUCUGUUAGGAACCAUGGACACUGCAUCAUAAACAUUGUUGGGUCGUAUUCUACUGUGUUUGGAUUUUGUGUUGGGCUGUACCGGAGAAGGCAUCAAUAUGCUUGGCUUUAUUAUGCUGACAUACAAAGGAAGGGGCCAGAACAUAUGCUCAUAUGUAAUGUAUUUAAACCAUUUUACUGUUGACUGAUUUUACAUUAUUAUGAAGGGCCAUUUGAAGUAAUUUUAGUAUUUCUGAUUCAUGUCAAAAUACUAAUGGCUGCCUUUUACUUGCAAAAAAAUGGCACUUAUUAACGCACAUUUGUGUUCUUCAUGCAGUGCAUUAUUUUGAAAAGUUUUCAACAUUGCCUUGUGUAUUCUGAAUCUGUUUUGUCAUGUCAUAUACAUGUUGCAGGUGAUAAAAUGUAUUAAUACAGAAA